AUGUCCAUCCCCUGGCCAUCUCCCUCCAGCAGGGCCAAGGGAACGGUGGCCUGCCUGGCAGAGGCCCUCCUCUGGCUCGGAGGGAGCGUGGCUGUGUCCCCGUGGUGGCAGCUUGGCCCAGUAGUGGAGCGGUGCAUGAGCGCCAUGCAGGCAGGGACGCAGAUGGUGAAGCUUCGAGGCGGCUCCAAGGGCCUGGUGCGCUUCUACUUCCUGGACGAGCACCGCUCCUGCAUCCGCUGGCGGCCCUCGCGCAAGAACGAGAAAGCCAAGAUCUCCAUCGACUCCAUCCAGGAGGUGAGCGAGGGCCGGCAGUCAGAGAUCUUCCAGCGGUACCCGGAUAGCAGCUUCGAUCCCAACUGCUGCUUCAGCAUCUACCACGGCAGCCACCGCCAGUCCCUGGACCUGGUCUCGCCCAGCGGCGAGGAGGCGCGGACCUGGGUCACGGGCCUGCGCUACCUCCUGGCCGGCAUCAGCGACGAAGACAGCUUGGCCCGGCGCCAGCGCACCCGGGACCAAUAUCCUUGGUGGCUGAAGCAGACGUUCGACGAGGCCGACAAGAACGGGGAUGGCAGCCUGAGCAUCGGCGAGGUCCUGCAGCUGCUGCACAAGCUGAACGUGAACCUGCCCCGGCAGCGGGUGAAGCAGAUGUUUAAGGAGGCGGACACGGAUGCCCAGCAGGGCACCCUGGGCUUUGAGGAGUUCUGUGCCUUCUACAAGAUGAUGUCGACCCGCCGGGACCUCUACCUGCUCAUGCUGACCUACAGUGACCACAAGGACCACCUGGCUGCCGCCGACCUCCAGCGCUUCCUGGAGGUGGAGCAGAAGAUGUUGGGUGUGACACUAGAAAGCUGCCAGGACAUCAUCGAGCAGUUUGAGCCCUGCCCAGAAAACAGGAGUAAGGGGGUGCUGGGCAUUGAUGGCUUCACUAACUACACGCGGAGCCCCGCGGGAGACAUCUUCAACCCCGAGCACCACAGUGUGCACCAGGACAUGACCCGGCCGCUGAGCCACUACUUCAUUACCUCGUCCCACAACACCUACCUCGUGGGCGACCAGCUCAUGUCCCAGUCGCGGGUGGACAUGUACGCCUGGGUGCUGCAGGCCGGCUGCCGCUGUGUGGAGGUGGACUGCUGGGACGGGCCCGACGGGGAGCCCAUUGUGCACCACGGCUACACUCUGACCUCCAAGAUCCUCUUCAAGGACGUCAUCGAAACUAUCAACAAGUACGCCUUCAUCAAAAACGAGUACCCAGUGAUCCUGUCCAUCGAGAACCACUGCAGUGUGGUCCAGCAGAAGAAGAUGGCCCAGUAUCUGACGGACAUCCUCGGGGACAAGCUGGACCUGUCGUCUGUGAGCAGCGAAGACGCCACCAUGCUGCCCUCUCCGCAGAUGCUCAGGGGCAAGAUCCUGGUGAAGGGCAAGAAGCUCCCUGCCAGCAUCAGCGAGGAGGCCGAGGAGGGCGAGGUGUCCGACGAGGACAGUGCAGACGAGAUGGACGAUGACUGCAAGCUCCUCAACGGGGAUGCCUCCGUGAAUCGGAAGAGGGUGGAAAACAUCGCCAAGAAGAAACUGGAUUCCCUGAUCAAAGAGUCCAAGAUUCGGGACCGUGAGGACCUGAACGACUUCACUGUGUCCACGCUGCCCCCGUCAGGGAGACCUGGGCACAAGGCUGAGGGGAAAAAGGACAUGGAGUCUGGGGAGGACCCUGGAGCCAGCAGACGGAACAGCCGGCUCCUUGUGAGCAGCUUCUCCAAGCGCAAGAAAAAGAGCAGCAAGCUAAGGAAGGUGGCCAGCGUGGAGGAGGCGGAAGAGGACCUGGACUCCCAGGGCGGCCAGAGUCGAGGGGCUACCCGGCAGAAGAAGACCAUGCAGCUGUCCCGGGCCCUGUCCGACCUGGUGAAGUACACGAAGUCCGUGGGCACCCAUGACGUGGACACGGAGGUGGCAUCCAGCUGGCAGGUGUCGUCCUUCAGCGAGACCAAGGCCCAGCAGAUCCUGCAGCAGAAGCCGGCCCAGUACCUGCGCUUCAACCAGCACCAGCUGUCCCGCAUCUAUCCGUCCUCCUACCGCGUGGACUCCAGCAACUACAACCCGCAGCCCUUCUGGAACGCAGGCUGCCAGAUGGUUGCCCUGAACUACCAGUCGGAGGGGCGGAUGCUGCAGCUGAACCGGGCCAAGUUCAGCGCCAACGGCAACUGUGGCUACGUGCUCAAGCCCCAGAGCAUGUGCCAGGGCAUCUUCAACCCCAACUCCGAAGACCCCCUGCCCGGGCAGCUCAAGAAGCAGCUGGUGCUUCGGAUCAUCAGCGGGCAGCAGCUCCCCAAGCCGCGGGACUCGAUGCUGGGGGACCGAGGGGAGAUCAUCGACCCCUUCGUGGAGGUGGAGGUCAUCGGGCUCCCCGUGGACUGCAGCAAGGAGCAGACCCGCGUGGUGGAUGACAAUGGAUUCAACCCCAUGUGGGAGGAGACCCUGGUGUUCAUGGUGCACAUGCCCGAAAUUGCCCUGGUGCGCUUCCUUGUCUGGGACCAUGAUCCCAUCGGGCGAGACUUCAUCGGCCAGAGGACACUGGCCUUCAGCAGCAUGAUGCCAGGCUAUCGGCACGUGUAUCUGGAGGGGAUGGAAGAAGCCUCCAUCUUUGUCCACGUGGCCAUCAGUGACAUCAGCGGUAAGGUCAAGCAGGCUCUAGGCCUAAAAGGCCUGUUCCUCCGAGGCCCAAAGCCCGGCUCCCUGGACAGUCAUGCUGCUGGGCGGCCCCCUCCCCGGCCCUCUGUUAGCCAACGGCUCCUGAGGCGCACGGCCAGCGCCCCGGCCAAGAGCCAGAAGCCAGGCCACAAGGCCUUCCCGGAGCUGGUCCUGGGCACACAGGAUGCGGGCUCCGAGGGGGAGGCCCUUGACGUGGCACCCCCCAGCCCUCGGCCAGCUCCGGAGGCCCCAGCCCGGGAGGAGCCCGGAGGCCGCAGCCCCCGAGACACCCGCUCCCCCAUGCAGAGGUCCGUCUCCUCCCUGUGCAGCCUGGAAACCAUCGCGGAGGAGCCAGCCCUGGGCCCCGGCCCCCCACCUCCGCUGGCCACCCCGCCCAGCCCCUCCCAGGGAGGGCCCUGGUGCUCCACAAGCCCAGGAGCCAAAGCAGAGCGCCCCCCAGGGGCGGCUCUGGGAGCCUCCGUGCCCCUCCGGCUCAGGACUGGGAGCCAGGGCAACAUGGAACUGGCCCCCAACAGCAGGCAGCAGGCGUGCAAGGGUGGGGGCCCCAGUGGGGCCAGUGAGGGGGUUCCCAGCAGCCAGAUGGACAGCAGGGGCCACCCCCAGGCCCUGGGCCAGCUGCCCUUGGUCAGAAGGGCCAAAAGUGAGGGGCAGGUGCCCUCGGAGCCCCUGGGUGGAGGACGGCCCCUGGCCGGGCCCUCCCCUGCGCUGUACUCGGACGCCACGGGCGGAGACCGGCUAUGGCAGCGGCUGGAGCCAGGCAGCCACCCGGACAGCAUGUCCUCAUUCUCCAGCCUGUCGUCCAGUGACACGGUCAUCGACCUCUCGCUGCCAGGUCUGGGCCUGGGCCUGGGCCUGGGUCGGGAGAGCCCCUCGGGGGUCCCGGCUGGACGCCUGCCCCUGCGGCCCUGCUCGGCCUCAGCUGGCCACCCGGAUUUCCUCUCUGUGACCAAGAGCAAAUCCAACCCCAACCUGCGGGCCGCAGGCCAGUUCCCUGCAGCCCCGGAUGAGCUUCGGCCGCGGCCCCUGGCCCCUCAGCCGCCCUGGGGCUGCCUCCCCCUGGCAGGCCUCAGGGACUGCCCCGGGUCAGCCAAGUCCAAGAGCCUAGGGGACCUGACCGCUGACGACUUUGCCCCCCGCGUCGAGGGCCUGGGGAGAAGCCUGGGGUGCUGCCUGGGCCCAGCUGGGGAGGGGCCGGCGGGGCGGGUGGCACAGCGGGACCCCCUGACGGAGCAGCUGCGCUGGCUCACAGGGUUCCAGCAGGCGGGAGACAUCACAUCACCCACCAGCCUGGGCCCAGCCGGGGAGGUGGCAGCGGGGGGCUCUGGCUUCCUGCGCCGCUCCUCCCGCAGCCAGAGCCGGGUGCGCGCCAUCGCCAGCCGAGCCCGCCAGGCCCAAGAGCGGCAGCAGCGGCGGCAGGGCCCUCGGGGACUCCCGGAGGAGGAGCGGGGCACCCCUGAGGGCGCCUGCUCUGUGGGCCAGGAGGGCUUCGGGGAUGCGCCAGCCCCUAAGAGCGCCCCCGGCCUCCUGCUCAGACUCUGACCCAGCGGCCAACGCGGCUUCAGCCGUCCUCCCCGCGCCCAGCGGCCGGGGGCCCCGUGUUUGCGCAGGACAUGGAGUGCGCUGGCCCCUGAAGCUGUGUGCCCCUUGGUGCCCCUUUUCUCUGCCCCCGGCCUCUUCUGGGAGGAAGGA